AUGGGCUGGUUUUGGGUAGACAAAAGCGCGAUUGCGCAACCCAAUCCAUCUCAAGCACUCCCGCCAUCACACCCUCCUCUCCCGAGAGAUGCAGCAGAGCCUCCACCAGCUUGUCCCAUGCACAACUCGCUCGCCCGCGACAGCAACAAGGAGACCGCCGCCCUCUCGUCCGCCGCCGCCUCGACCCAAUCAGCAUGCCCCUACAACCCUCCCUCAUCCUCAGAACCGACACCAACACCUUCAUACAUCUCCAAACUCAAUCCUCUGAACUACAUGCCGACCUCCAUCUCCAAUACCCGCGACGCCGCCGAACAAUCAGUCGCCCUGCCUCUUUCCCGCGAGCCUUCCACAAUACCCCGAGGCGACGGCUCCGGCAACUGGGAGUACCCGUCCCCGCAGCAGAUGUACAACGCGAUGCUGCGCAAAGGCUAUACGGAUACUCCAGCGGAGCAUGUGGAGAGUAUGGUUGCGGUGCACAAUUUCUUGAACGAGGGGGCAUGGGAGGAAAUCAAAGGCUGGGAGGGUUUAUUCGCGCAGGGGAUAGGAAGAGGCUGGGAGUGGUGUAAAAACGGCGAAGACCAUGCUAUGCGAAGCGCGCAGCUUGAGGCGCUGAGGAGGGAAAGGAGAGGCGAAGCAGCGGCGGACCCGAAACUGCUACGAUUCAUGGGCCGGCCGAACGAACCGACACCAAAAGCGAGGAUGCUGAGUUUCAUGGCAUGGUUGUACCCGAGCCAAUUCCCGGACAAUCCUCCCUUCGAUCGACACGAUUGGUUCGUGCAGCGGCAGGCACCUGGUGGUGCGACGAGGGAGGUGCGGUACGUAAUUGACUACUACUCUGGCCCGCCGGAGCCUACGGGCGAGCCGGUCUUCUACCUGGACGUGCGACCAGCGGUGGACAGCCCAACGGCGGCUUGUGAGCGGCUAGCAAGAUGGGGAGGCGAUGUGUGGUAUAGAGCGAGUGGAGGAAGUGUACGAGAAGAGUUGGAGAGGAGAGGAAGAGGGAGGUGA